AUGACAAGAUUGAGGAUCUCGUAUUCUUGUCUUCUUUCCUCGUCUUCUUGUCAUCUUGGCUCUUUUUCUCGUCUUCUCAUCUUGUCUUCUGGGGGCACGUCUAAGCUUCCGUACAAACCUCCACUGCCUUCUAAAGUAAUGUCAUUCCGUAGGCUUGGAGUAAUUGAUAUUGAUGCGAUGAAGCUUGAUAUAGCUGAUAAACAUGAUGUUAAUAAACUGAUAACCAAGUACAGCAAAAACUCGUGUGCAUCGGACCCAAUGCCCACAAAGAUUCUUUUACAGUGUACGGACACACUGAUUCCCACCAUCACAUCUCUAAUUAAUCUUUCAUUGUCAUCUGGACCAAUGGUAGAAUACCUUUACCAAAGACUCCGCGGCGGAUUUCGAAGGUGUCUCGUGAUGGCUGGUGCAAUGUUAGCAACAACGGGGCUCUUGCUCGCAUCGUUAAUUACCAACUGCGUUCAAUUAGGCCUGUGUCUUUCUGUCGCCGGACUCGGUGCCAACAUUCUGUCGAUCUCGCUCGUUAUCACCUUGAGCAAUCAAUCUGGUGAAGCCUUCGGGAUCUUUUACGGAAUUGGCAAAUCAGGAUAUGCCUUCGGGAUGGCCCUUGUCCCUCUACUUGCUGACUACCUGAUGGGAAUAUAUGGCUGGAGAGGGUCUUUAUUGAUCAUCGCAGGCAUCAUGGCACACCUUAUACCUUUGGCCUUGAUGGUGGGUCUCAACGUAGAGGGCGUCCCGCUUGGGGAAUUCAGUGCAGAGGCAAGCGAAGAUACAGCUUUAAUACUGGGGUCAUCCACUGGUAAACGGGAUGAAGACGUUUCGAACAUGAAUAAUGUGCAUAGUGGAAAAGGGCGUUGCAAAAAAGGUCAAUCGAUUUGUUCCGAGCUUUACGCCACUGGAUGCCGAAUCAUCAAGGACUCCAUCUACAAUCAAGAUCGUAUGAUGGUCCUUCUGAUGUUCCUUGGUCUGGUGUACGCCAUUCUAAAUGGUGGUUGGUACUCCUUCCUCAUCCCACGUGCAGUGGCAUUGAUCGGGAAACCUACAUCCAGGGCGUUAUACAUUGCUUACUCAGUGGCUACUGCAGCCUUUAUCGGCCGUUGUUCCAGUGGAAUGCUUAUUGGUUCCAAACUAUUCAAUGGCAAAUGCUUAUUUCUUUUCCUAACUUUACUCAACAUCAUAUCGCUUCUUGUAGAUACCUUUGUUCCUGAACUUGCUGUGAUGAUUGUGACGUCAUUCAUUACGUCACUGACGAUUGCCGAGAGGAACGUUCUCCUAUUGGUGAUUUGUAAAGAGAGGGCUCAUCGUUCACACUUUCCAGUUAUACUAGCCUCGUAUGAGAUUGUGUUGGGAGUCGGAACUUUUCUCGGAUCUUCAUUUUCUGGUUUUAUUGCAGAUGUGUCAGGAACCUUUAACGCUUCCUUCAUGUUCAUCGCGGCGGUUGAUGGCCUUGUCUUCUGUCUAAUGCUUACUCCAAUAAUCAUAGACAAGUGGCAGCAACACAGCAUUGAUUGAC